AUGAUAGCCGCCGUUAACAUGACGGCCAACACGUCGCUGGUCUGGCCCUGUCCUUUGCCUUAUCCGGAAGUUCUCUGUCCUGGCCCGUGUGGCUCCGAUGCCUGGCUUCGCAAGCGGAUCAACCUUGUUGUGGCUUCGCUUUCUUGGCUUGCCUUGGGCUCACCUGCUAGGCCCCCUACUGGCUUUGGCAAAGGUCGGCCUCUGUCUCCUAAGCAGUGGGAGGCCGUGCGAUCCUUGGAGCGCUUGGCCUGCGACCGUUCUUUGACUUUCAAGCUCGAUCCUGCCCUAAUGGGGCGUGCCGCUUCCAAAGCAGAGGACCACAACAAGGUUCUUGCAGCAUUGGGUCGGGCCGUCUCCAGUUUUGAAAGCAGCGCGGGAUACUUUGCACCUUCUGGCCGCGCUGGCUCUGCUCGCACGCCCUGGCCUCGUGACUUUUCGGCUGAGGAUGCUCUGCCCUCUGACAGCAGCUCAGCGGGUUUUGCAUCUCCGGCCCCGUUUGGACAGCAGUUGGGAAACCUUAGGGUUCCUCCUUUUUGCCCUGCAAAGCCGAUCCAAGCCGAUCGCCUUCGUUUUCCUCCGCCACCUUCUUUUGAUCCAAGGCCCUACUUGGAUAAGCCCACUGCGGCCCGCUUUGAGAGGCCUCUGGACUUUGCCUGCGUUGCUUCGUCUGAUGUUUCUCUGCCGCGUGUUGGCAUUCUUGCUUCAGUCGAUGAGCGGCUGAAGCUUCUCCGCACUUUGGCCCAGACUGGGCGCCUGCAGCCUAUCAUGCCCUUGCCGCAGCGGGAGCCUGUGGGCGCUGGACUGUUUGCUGUGGUCAAGGACUUGACACGUGAUAGGUUGAUUUUGGACGCCCGCCCGGCCAAUGCUCUCGAGAGCCCGCCUUGUUUUUGGACAGGUUCCCUUGCCUCAGCAGCUGCGUUGCUGCCCAUCCUGUUGGGCCCUGAGGAGGAGAUACGCAUCUCUUCUGCUGACCUCAAAGACUUUUUCUACCUCUUCAAGGUCUCUGAGCAGCGCUUGCAGAGAAAUCUUCUGUCAGGCAGCCUUGGCCCUUCCGAAGCUACCUUCGUGUUUGGGAGCAGGCAGCGAGCUUUUGAGGAUUCAAAGGGCUUCUUGAGAGUUGCGUUGUCGACUUUGGCAAUGGGCGAUAGCUCAGCUUGCGAGUUUGCGCAGGGUUCGCAUCUUGGAGUCCUUUUCCGCCACGGGGUCUUGCGUCCCGAUGAGCUCUUGUGCCCAACCAGUGCUCCGCCCAGAGGGCUGUUGACCAUCGGGGUUGUAAUUGAUGACUUUGUGAUUCUCGAGAAGGUCACUCGGUCUGAGUUGCGCCUUGGUGGCCGGCAAAGCUUAGGACUAGAGCGGGCCCAUGCUGCUUAUGCUGAGGCGGGGCUGCUUGCCAACCCUGAAAAGGGCGCCAAGGAUGAGUCUGUGUCUUCCUUCUGGGGGGUCACCCUGGACGGGCGCCGUGGCCUUGUCCGUGCAAGCCUGGCUCGCGUUGGCCCUUUGACUUGCAUUACCUGCCGAGUGGCUUUGCUCGGGCUGUGCACAAGGCCGUUGCUGGAGUCCUUGGUGGCCCGCCCAGCACCGCCCCACCGCCCUCACCGCCCUCACCGCCCCACCAAGACGGCAGAGGCUCAGAAGCUUUGCGCAGUGCAGCCAGCUAACACGACCCGAGAGUCCAAGCCGGCCAGGAAACGGAUGCAGGAGAAGGAGGCUGCCAGGCGGUCCUCCAGCCGGAGGUAUGCGGCCAGCUCCUUGAUGUUGAUGUGUGUGCUGGGGCAACUCGCUGUCAGCUUCAAGGAGCGGGCGGUGGGGGCGGUGGGGGUCCCGCUGGCCAGCGGAGACAGUGGCCCUUUCGACACUUGGCUUGCUGCCUGCCCGGAGCUUCAGACUUCUGAUGAGGAGUUUCGCCCUGAGCUGAUUCCCUCGAAGCUUCGGCCCUGUGCUGUGUACACUGAUCGUGAUUCGCCGCGGGGCGCCUUGGCCCUGACGUACGAGCUUCGCCGCUCUAAGGCUGAAGACCUUGAUGACCCUCAUGUACGCUCUGUCAUUGAGGAGCUUGUCGAAUUUGGUGUCUUUGAUGCGCUGGGGGCUGCCCCUGUGUGCUCUUCCUUUUCAAGAGCCGUGCACCCGCCGUGGCGCUCUCGAGCCUUUCCUAGGGGUCUUCCAGGGUUGGGUGCCAAGGCUUUCCAGAAGGUGAAGGUAGGCAAUGCACAGUCUGCUUGGUUGGGCUCCUUGAUUAAGCGCUUCACCCGCGGGAAUAGCAAGCCCUACUGGGCUGAGAACCCUGAUGGGUCUUACCUUUGGCUGCUCCUUGAGUGGUCGCUCUUCGGCAAGCCCGCCUCUCAGCUCGUGUACCGCUUUGAUAUGUGCCGCUAUGGCACGCGCUGGCGCAAGCGCACUCGGCUCGCUACCAACACUGAGCUCGCUGGAGCUCGCGCCUUCUGCAAGUGUGGCGGCCCCCAUCAAGUCUUGAGGGGGCGCUCCGCACGACUUGUGGCAACAGAGUGGAGCAGCGUUUUUGAGGCUGCGCAGGUCAAAGACUUCCUCUCGAGGGCCUGCGAGGAGGAGGAGCUGUGCACAGUUAUCGGCUUGGAGGUUGGAGCCAUCACCGCCUUGGGCGGUCUUUCCGAGGUCGCCCAGAGGAGGAAGUUGAAGGUUUUUGGGAGCAAGCGGGAGUUCGUGGUGGGACCGAAGGAUGACCCAUGUUUCAACAUUGAUUGGGCUGCCGCCGGCAAGGAAGUGGUGAACCACCCCAAAGUCAGGGAGUUGUGUGAGCUCGCGGCUGCCAGAGGUGGGCCACGAGCUGCUGCUGCGACGCAGCAAAAGGCUUCAGUAUUGGCUAGCGAGCUUGCAGCAUCUGUGGAGAGCAGGUUCGCACAUUUCACUUCAGCAUUGGCUCGCUUUGGCUUCCAACGGCUCUAUUCGGGUUUGGUAUUCGAACGCGAGCAGCUGCUUGCUCUUGCGCGGCUGAGCGUGCGAGCACGUGAAGAAGGUCGCAGUAUCAUAUACCUACCAAGUCACAAAAGCCACAUUGAUUACAUUGUGCUUCAGUUUUCGCUUUUCAACCUUGGGAUGGGAGCACCUGCUAUCGCUGCCGGGGAGAACCUGAACCUUCCGGUGGUUGGUGGGCUCCUGCGCCGCAACGGAGCCUUCUACAUUCGGAGGAGUUUCUCGGGCCCGGACAGCGAGCUCUACACAGCUGUGGUUGCCGCGUACAUCGAAGGAUUGCUCCGCCGUGGUGCAAAUGUCAAGUUCUUUACGGAGGGUGGACGAAGCCGAAGUGGCAAGUUGUUGCAGCCCAAGAUCGGUCUUCUCGGCAUGGUCUUAGACCCUAUCCUGGCUGGAGUCGUGGACGAUGCUUACAUUGUUCCGGUCUCCAUUUACUAUGAUGGAGUGAUGGAAACGGAGAGCUACGUCCGAGAGCUUUCCGGUUCGCAGAAGCGCAAGGAGAGUUUGAUUGGUGUUCUGGGACAAGGGAAGCAUCUUUUGGCCAUGCGACGCUCUCGGUAUGGAAACAUACACGUGCGUUUCGCCCCUGGAUUCAGUGCCAGAAGUUAUAUUGACAAUCACAUGGCUGUGCAGCGUCAAGCUGCACCAAACAGGGCAAACUUCAACCCUGUAAGUACCAUGGCAGACAAGCAGGUGCUAUUGAAGGCGUUGGCGUAUCAUGUCCUUGAAGAGAUCAAUCGUGUCUCAAGCGUGACCCCGACCGCGCUGGUUGGCACGGUGCUUCUUUGCACCCUGGGCCGUGGCAUUGGUCGGAAAGCCCUCAUAAACAAAGUGGACUGGCUACGGCGAGAGGUCGUCCGAUCAGGAGGACAUAUGUCGAGAUUUUACGACUUUCCUGGUGAGCUCACAAUGGAAGUCGUGGACUCUGCCUUGACAGUCCUUGGCAACCUAGUGCAAACUUUUACAGGCUUAGUGGAACCAGUGUACUGUGUCGCACCUGGUAUGCACUUCGAGCUAUCAUACUACAGGAACAUGUGCGUGCACGUGUUCAUCCACCAAGCAAUUGUGACAGCAGUGUUGCAUCGAGUUGUGCAGACGCAGCGGCCUGAUGCUGAACGAGUUGAGCGAGCUGAUGUGAUGUCGGACGUACGAUUCCUCAGUCGGCUUUUGAAGCGUGAGUUUGUGUUCUCGGGUGCUGCAACUCCGGGUGGUUUACCACCGAAGCAAGCAUCUGGGGAGCACUGGGGCCAAGACAUCCCAGUGGCACUCAUGAGAAACUUCGAAUCUGCUCUGGAGUUGUUGGUGGCUGAAGGGGUCGUGGAUGUGUGCGAUACAGCUUCGAAAGGAGGGCCGAUCUCCUUGGAACAGUAUCGCCGGGCUCAGGAGAUGGGUGGAUAUGAGAAUUGGAACAAGCACUUCACUUUUCUAUGUUCUUUGGUUUGGCCGCUCAUUGAAUCCUACUGGCUGGUGCUCGAACUUUGGCUAAUUUCCAGCCUGAACUUGCAAUUCAACGCUGAGGUUCUUUCGUAG